AUGUCCAAACGCGCCGGAUCACAUCACGGUGGUGAUGAACCCACCCCGAAGCGCCUUAGAAUUGGUGAAGGGAAUCACACAACAGCAUCGGCACUUUGCGAUCCCCAUGCAUGGGACAUUCUUUGCAAGUUCCUCACCAGCAAUAUGUCGAUGGGUGAAAUGGACGCUGCUCUUGAAUCCUACCUCGGCAGUCGAUUCUCCGCGGAGGACUGGGAGGAACCUCGACGUCUAUUGUUCUCCGGCGAUGGAGAUGAUGAGCAAUCCUUGGCAAAUUUAAUUGAACUGAAGAUCAAGUAUGUACCCGAGCCCGAACCUCCACGCGCCAUACCUGUUCAACACUUGCGCAAACUGCGCAAAAAAAAUCUGUAUAUACUCGAUGAAGCUGAGGAGGAGGAGGAGGAGGAGGAGGAAGAAGAAGAAGAUGGGGGUGGUUCGUCUGUGCGGUCGCCGAAGGUUGCACGUUUAUUGGGCCCAUCCGCGAAAGAUAGGUUGGCCGCAACCUUUGACGAUAUGGCCACUCGCUUCGAACAGAAUUUGGCGACCUCAUCACACGGUCGCCAGUUUCCCACUGAAGACAGAAUGUAUCUGCUUCGCGUUCAGAGAACUGCUACUGAAUAUAUUGCUGCGCACCUUCGGAAGCAAAAAUUCCCCGUUACCGUGUCAGCUUGGGUACCGGGCCAGCUCUACGUGGUGGCAGACAGCCCCAAAACCAUCUCACAAUCACUGUCUUCCUCCUAUUAUCUCGCCGUGAAGGACUAUACCAUUAUCAAGGAUGAAGAACGCGAAGCUGUCGAAUCUUCUCGAUCCAAGCUUCCCGACACAGCGUGGGUAAGAAUCACGAAGGGCAAGUACAAGGGCGACGUAGGCAGGGUCUUCAAAUCCAAAGAGGAUCUUGUCGAAGUCUUAAUUGCCGCCCGGGACUUCCCCUAUAAAAUGUCUCGGGGAACCCGAGCACUGGUCGAGCGAUCUCGCCUUCCGAAUAGCAAGGGAGCCCAGACAUCUGACAUCAUUUUGAAUGGUGAAGUAGUGGGAUGGUCGUACAACGGAGAGAGCUAUUACAAGGGGCUAGUAGUCAAGAUUUUCCAUCGCGAUCACGUAGAACUUCUUGCCUCGCCUCAUGUUAACGAUAUUCAGCUCCAUCUGGAAUCCGGGUGGGACAUUCCCUUCCUGAAGGCCGCCGUGGUAGUGUUCUCGAUGCAAUUUCUGCGCAUGGGUGAUUUGGUCAGGGUCGUCAAAGGCUCUCUUCGUGGAGAGUCUGGCACCGUCGUCUCCAUCGACCAUACCUCUGGUUCUGUGGGGUUGGAAUUCAGCUCCAACGAAUGUCUCCAAGAAAUAGAAUUUUCACUCCAGGACAUAGAGCGUGUCUUUUGGGUUGGUGACACUGUUAGAGUUGUAGCUGGUCCAUACACGGGCUUAGAAGGUCACCUCAUCCAAAUGCUCGAUGAUGUGUUUCACGUUUGCCAAGAGACUACUAAGGAAGUGGUCGAAGUUUCGAAGUAUUAUUUAGAUCGGCGUCCUCUGAAUCACACUCUGAAAUCGCAUCUGCCAACGCAGCAAUAUUUCGAGCCUCCCUCCGACUCCGAUUCCAUUGAAAUCGGGGACUACAUACAAGUGUUGGGUGGGGAGCACGCUGGGAGACGCGGCGUUGUAAAUUGGUUUUCUAAGGGAGAUACCAAUUUGUGGUUCCGUGAUAUCUUCACUGCGAACAACAUGGGGUCCGGCCUGUCCAGUAUAUCAGUUCCUGCUACAAUGGUUCGGCGGACGGAUCUCGCCCAAACACUCGUUUUCACAAAAGAAAGGGGCUAUGAUGUGAGACCUGGAGACACUGUGAGUGUCGCCCGUGGGCCGGAGUACGGGGCACGAGGGCUCGUGCAGCAUGUAGACUUUCCGAACGCUCGCCUGAGCCUUAUAUGUGACGGCGACAAGUCACUCAUCAAUGUUCCAAUCCGCUUUGUCAUUAAGACACACAAUGCCAGCUUGGACUCUUUCAAGAAGGACAUCGGUCAUGAAGUCUUCGUUAUUGGAGGUCAACGGAAAGGCUACCGAGGCACCCUUGACAGUCUUUCCCUUGAGACUUGCACUGUUGCUGUGCGCGGGCAGGUGCGCGCUACGCUCAAACUUCACGACGUUGUCACCAAGUAUGGAAUGAGAUUAAAUGGUGUGAUGCUCGAAGGCCCGGAGUUAUCUUCAUUCUGCGAUAUGCGGAAAAGGUCGUACUUGGCGCCCCCACCUCGAAGCGUCACUCCGCCUGUCGAACAAAUACCCUCCAGCUCGUUGGCUUCGAUCACGGAUCCCAGUCUUCCAUCAUCCAACGGGUGGUCCGAGUGGUCCGCGAGCCCCAGCAGUGUUGAUGUAGAGCAUGAUCCUUCAUCAAGCGCCAAUCCCAGCUCGUCAUCGGCAAUGCAGGCAUGGAGUGUCGAUGAGCUUGACGUCCAGGACAGCAUUGAGGCAAGUACCGAAAAACUGCGAGACACCGGCCCGCUACCUUGGUUGAUGUCUAAGGAGUUUUCUUCAGAACUCUUAGGGUAUCACGUAUUGUUCAAGGUCUCGGUGGGGUUCAUGAACGGCAGGCUACAGAGACGGUUUGUGUCAACGGCUUGUCCUGACCUGUUCUGCGGUGAGAACGGGCCCGCACCCGAAGGUUGCGUGGCCGUGUUCUGCACAUCCAACAGUGCUGGAGCUGCAAUUGAACACUAUCACAUCCCCGCCAGCGACUUGAGCCCGGCUCCUCCGCGCAAGAAAAACCAAGAAUGCCUCAUUCUUGAUGGUGUUCAUCGCGGACUUAUACGAACUAUAGCGAAGUGUGAAAUCGCCAAGAAAAACACUGUCGACAUCAAGAUCACGCCUACGGUUACCGUAACUUUACGUUCCGAUCAGAUUUGUCUAGUUGAACGCACUCGACAGUAG